AUGGUCCUUUUAGCUAAAAUUAUUAAUGAAACGAAAAAUAAAUAUGAAAAAGAAGUCCGUAUUAAGGAUAUACGACUAAUGAUUCAACAUUUGAAGGAUAAAACAAAUGUCGAUCUAUCUAACAAUUGUUUUGAAUUACAUGCUGAAGGCGAUUUAAUGAUCGCGGGAACGAAGAAGAAACUUCAUGUGAUUAUAUUGAACAAUAUGUUAUUGAUUGUCAAAGAACAAAAAUGUGGACUGUUGGAAUACAAAGCUCAUAUAUUGAGUCGGAAUGUUACUAUUAUUGAACAUGUGAAAGGAAAUCCAUUGAGUUUUCGUUUAGUAUCCAAUGCUGGACCUAAACAUUCGUUUACAUUGCAAGCGACCUUAGCGGAAGAAAAGAUGGUUUGGGUUAAAAUGUUAAACGAUAUAAAAAAGGACACUUCAGAGAUUUCAAACAUUGGCUCUGCAGAAUUAAUGGCCAAAUAUUUCUACAUACCUAGAAAUAUUUAA